AAGCUGUGGGCACAGGAAUCUACAGCCAAAUUACUGCGGAGCAGAUUGCAGGACAAUCCUGUAACCAAUCGCUACAUUCCUGGCAUCUGGACUCCUGAUCCUUUUGCAGAAUGGCAGGUGUGAGUGGUUGUCUAAAAUAUUCUAUGUUUAUCUUCAACUUCUUAUUCUGGCUGUGUGGUAUCUUGAUCCUGGCUGUAGCAAUAUGGGUACGAGUAAGCAAAGAUGGUCAAGAGAUUCUCAAUAGUGGGGGCUCUGGCACCAACUCCUAUGUUUCUGCGGAUCUCUUGAUUGCUGUGGGUGCCAUCAUCAUGGUCCUGGGCUUCCUGGGGUGCUGUGGUGCCAUGAAAGAAAGCCGCUGCAUGCUUCUGUUGUUUUUCAUAGGUUUGCUGCUGAUCCUGCUCCUGCAAGUGGCAGCGGGAAUCCUAGGAGCUACUUUUAAAUCUGAGUACAGCCGCAUUCUAAAUGAAACUCUUUACGAAAAUGCAAAACUGUUGAGUGAAACAAGUGACGCUGCAAAAACCUUCCAGCAGGCGAUGAGUGAAUUUCAAGAAGAGUUUAAAUGCUGUGGUCUGGUCAAAGGAGCUGCUGAUUGGGGAAAUAAUUUUCAACAAAAUUACAAAUCAUGUGAAUGUUCAACAACGACAUCAGAUUCCUGUACAGUUUAUCAUGGACUAUAUGUGUACCAAGAGACAUGUAUUUCUUUGGUAAAAGACUUAUUUGAGAAACAUAUUAUUGUAAUUAUCGGAAUAGCUUUUGGACUUGCGGUUAUUGAGAUACUUGGUUUGGUGUUUUCUAUGGUCCUGUACUGCCAGAUUGGGAACAAAUGAUUCUGCAGAAGUGUCAAGCUAUCAUCCAUCAAGCCCCUUUAGAAUUUAGUUUUAGCUUUGUGACUAAAUAUGUGAGUACAUGUGUUUCAGCUGCAACUGUUCUAUUAAAAUGUCUCAUUUAGCUAGACCUAGGAUAUACUCUGAUGCAUUGAACAUAUUUAAGAAUUGAGGAACAAAAUGAAAAUUAUGUGGAUGUGUAUUUUUACUCAAAAUAAAAGUAACAUUGUUUAUAUGGAUGUUUUUUCUGCAUCUAAAUCAUUUUAUUCAGGUAAUGCUGUGUGUAAAAUGCUCAUCUAGAGCCACCCAGUGGAAUAAUCUUUAGUUUUCAGCAACAGAGUCAGAGAUAGUCAAGGCAGUGCAUCUGGGAUUUCCAGAAUCAACAUUCUUUCCUGUGUAAUUUGUUCUCUGUUGUGAAAAGACUGAAUUAAAUCUGAGGCUGAGUUGAUUGAGACAAUCCUGCUAAAGGCUCAGCCUCUUUUUCUAUGUAUGGCAAUGACCAUCAUGAUGUCUCUGUUGUUAAAUAUUUAUUGUGGGGACAAGAAUAUGUGAAUGCCCAUGUCCCAGCUCUUGAACCUCUGGUAUCUUCUGGAUUUUGCUCUGGGUCACUGUAGUUAUCAGUGACCUUCCUUUCUAGAUCUCAGAAACAUGUUGAAAAUCUGCUUUUUAUCAGAGUAAUUCCUUUGUUGUAUAGCUCUAUGAUUGUGCAUACAUCUGCAUAAACACUCUCCCGAGUGAACGUGUAGAACAUUUCUAGCACCACACAGUGCUGCUUCUUACCACCUCCCCGUGCUGUUCUGGAUUGCUGGCUCAUGCUGAUAGAG